UGCAAUUCCAAAAUAUCUGCUCUCUGGUAAAUAUGUUCGUUCUCGUCGCGUUCUAGAAGUCGUAGGCUCGUGCCAUUUCCUCCUCCUCCUCCCCCAUCUCCUGGCUCUCGACAAGCGCUCCCCCCUCCUCUCCGCCCUCCUCCUCCUCCUCUGCCUCUUCCGGUCUGUGCCCAACAGGAGAUGAAUCGCUCCUCUUCACGCGAAAAAAAGACAGAAAGAGAGAGGAGAGAGAACAAAGUUAGGAUUCGCGACUGGCAUCUGAUAACUUUCCCCGUCUCCGCCCCGUCUCCGUCUAUCUUCCUCUAGCGACCCCUGGGAAUCAGGUAGGCGAACUCUGACCGACACUCUAUCAUCUCCUUAGUAAGGCCCACGCGCAGCCUAGCCCUAAAAGCCUUGCAAAAUUACCUUCUCUCCCCACCAUCGCACAACCACCGUAUUGGUGAUGAGUCUGGACACGGAAGCGCCCACUGCUGGUCUUGGCCAAGGAGAGUCCCGCGCCCUCGAUAGCCUACCUGCCGGCAAGCACCCGCGCGAUCACGGAGAAGAGCUGAAAGGCCUGCCCCUCUCGGCUGACGAGAGCGACCGUUCGCCAGCCAUCUCAAAGAAGCAGAAGACAGCCCACGCCGAGACCGGCAGUGGUGACGGUGCAGGCCUAGACGAAGGCGAGAUGUCAGAGUCGGUCCCUAGCCUCGAUCCCCCUUCGGCAACGCGCAAUCCGUCUAGCUCUCGGGCCAUGGAGGAAGUUGGUAAGGAUUCUGUGUCCGAUGCCACUACUCGUGAGCCCCCGGCAGAUGGCGUGGCGAAUGCCGACGAAGCUGCGAGUGGGCCCCAACCACCCAGCAACCCGGACGGACCGUCUUUCGCGGAUAAGCCCGGGAGCAGACCCGGACAGCGUCCGGGCUGGAAUCGGGGCGUUGCCCUGGGUGCCAGGACCUCUUUCAAGAAAGGGGCAACACAGUUGUUUGCUACAAAUACGCCUAUCCAAAUAGUGUCCGAAGAACCUUCGUCGCCUGCGUCCCCAGGCCGCGAGCGCGAACCGGACGCAGGAAGCAAAGCAGCAGACUACGAUGAGGCUGCUACUUCGCCAGAAAGCAGCACCCAGGCGCCUGCAGAUGUGUCAAAGCCCCUGGACGGGCAAGCCUAUCAAACUACAUUUAACUCAGGUAAACACACGUGGCAUCUCCCUCCCACAGCAGGAUUCGAAGUUUCUGUCGAAAAUGAUGCUUUAACAUCUGUAUUCUGGGUCCAAAGGCUGGAGCCCUGGACGAUGGGUCUAUGCCAAGCGAAUCCCGACCAAGCCGAUCGUCUGACCGGCAGAGUCGUUCGGAAAGCGUUCGACCUUCAGAUUCGCCGCAAGAUGGGAUACCUACAAGGCACUAGGAAACGGGUUCAGGCUGCCCGAGACAUUGCCAGGGAUGUGAUUGCCUGUUUUAAGGACGACCAACUGGACACGAUGGUUUCAAAAGUACGCGACCAAUUCAGAGCGCGGGAAAACGGUUCUACGGAGGUACUCGAGGCGGCGGGGGCCAGCGUCGCCCCGACACGCGGAUCUGGUGACGAGGGGGACAUCGAGGAAAAUGUCCUGACGGCGAUUCUCGCUAAGAGCAAGCGGAAUGAAAUGACGCCCGAGGAGGAACUCCGACAGCUGCGGAUGUACUUCCCAGGCGUAGAGGAUCCGUCCCGGCACUGCCUGUUCUGCUCCGGGGUCGGACACGGCGCUCGCGAAUGUCCACAGCUGCAAUGCAAAUUCUGCGGAAGCCUGGAUCACAGCUCGUUUGGCUGCCCGACGAAGGAGAGAUGCACCAAGUGCCGUCAAAUUGGCCAUGGGAACGUUACUUGCCAGGAGAAGCUCUCUCUAGCCUGGGGGGAGGACGGACCCUGCCCGAUUUGCGGCGCCGAGCACACAGAGAAGCAGUGCACUGAGAUAUGGAGGAGCUUUGCUCCGGCAGCCACACACCGCAAGGUGAAGGAUAUCCCCGCCUUCUGCUACACAUGCGGCGCCGAAGGUCACUACGGACCGGAGUGCGGGCUACCUGACAAGGGCGGCAAGGUGACGGGAACCACGACUUGGUCCCAGGCCAAUCGUCUUAUGUAUGUAGACCCGGACAGCCCAGAUACCGCCAUAGCCUGGAUUGGUGUCGAUCUCUCUCAGCCACAGAGCCAAGACUUCCACGUUCCCGGGAGGGCCAGGAGACCGAUUCACACCUACUUUACCUCGAGUGACACCUCGAGUGACGAUGAGUCGGACGAGGACCUCAUCCACGCGCCCGUCAACAGGCAACCGCCUCCUAACCCGAUCAGGAUAGCAAGCAACAUCGGCUCCACCACGCAAGGGGCAAACGGCGGUGGCGCGCGCGGACAACCCCGCCGCAAUCAUGACCAGGGCCGCGGACGCAAGACAGAGAGACGGCCCGGUUCCCCGUCGGCGCCCUCAUCAAUCCAGAACAGCUGGGGCCUACCUCGGCAAGCUCCGACCGCCCCCUCGGGCCCGCCGCCUUCUCGUGGGAGGAACGGGGCUCGGGGAUCGCUGGCGACGGCGCCGCCCGGGGCCUUGCCUCCACGGCCGCAAGCCCCUAGGCAAGGGCCUGGUAGGGUCCCCCAACCAGAUAGGGGCGCACAGAAUAGUCGCGGCAAUCAAGGCGGCCGAGGCGGCCGAGGCGGGGGUCGCGGAAGAGGCCGUGGAAGAGGGCAAUGAUCAGGUUGAACCGCAUCGCGAGUUUCGCCACUGUUUUAGUCUAGAACAAUGGCGUGUACGUCUUUAUAGGAACCUGCGUUAUCGUGUGUCUCAUGUCUCACGGGAUAGAUGAACCGGGUGCGGCCUGGCCGCCGGUAAUAAACGCAGUUAGCAAUGAUGAUUCAGGAUACCAA